CCGGAGUGUAGAUCGGGGAAAGGGAAGGGGAUAGCUGGUUGCUACAAUAGCUAGUAUAUAAACACAAAUUUAAAAGCACAUUGAGUAGCAAGAUACGGUGGUCACUGGGAAACCGCCAUCGGACAAGUUCCGGUCACCAUUGGGUGCCAGGAGAGUCUUGGUGGCGUUUCAGAGGUGUUCCUUCUUACAAAGCGGCGUGCCGGGGGAGGACGCGUCUCUUUGAAUAGACAGGAUGCACGGACCGCCUUCCAGCGACAGCGCAUGCCCAUUGCGCCUCAUCAAGAGAGUGCAAUUCGGCGUCCUCAGCCCUGAUGAACUUAAACGGCUGUCCGUUACUGAAGGGGGCAUCAAGUACCCCGAGACCACAGAAGGAGGACGCCCUAAAUUGGGGGGACUUAUGGACCCCCGGCAAGGGGUAAUUGAAAGGUCAGGCAGAUGCCAGACGUGUGCAGGUAACAUGACUGAGUGCCCUGGUCAUUUUGGUCACAUUGAGCUGGCUAAGCCAGUCUUUCAUGUUGGCUUCAUCACAAAGAUCAUGAAGGUCCUCCGAUGUGUCUGCUUCUUCUGUUCAAAACUGCUUGUGGACGCGAACAAUCCAAAAAUCAAAGAUAUCUUGACCAAGUCGAAGGGGCAGCCACGUAAGCGUCUGACCCACGUCUAUGACCUCUGUAAAGGCAAAAACAUUUGUGAGGGUGGAGAGGAGAUGGACAACAAGUUUGGUGUGGAGCAGCAGGAGACUGAAGAAGACCUCACCAAAGAGAAGGGUCAUGGAGGCUGUGGCAGGUACCAGCCACGUAUCCGUCGCUCUGGCCUGGAGCUGUAUGCUGAGUGGAAGCACGUGAACGAAGACUCACAGGAGAAGAAGAUUCUUCUCAAUCCUGAACGUGUGCAUGAGAUCUUCAAACGCAUUUCGGAUGAAGAGGACAUGAUCUUGGGCAUGGACCCCAAAUACGCCCGUCCUGAGUGGAUGAUUGUCACUGUGUUGCCCGUGCCUCCUCUUGCUGUGAGACCGGCUGUGGUCAUGCAGGGCUCUGCUAGAAACCAGGAUGAUUUAACACACAAGUUGGCUGACAUUGUAAAGAUCAAUAACCAGCUGAAGCGAAAUGAGCAGAGUGGAGCUGCAGCGCAUGUUAUAGCAGAGGAUGUCAAGCUGCUUCAGUUCCACGUGGCCACAAUGGUAGACAAUGAACUGCCAGGUCUACCUAGGGCAAUGCAAAAGUCUGGUCGUCCACUAAAAUCUAUCAAGCAGAGGCUAAAGGGUAAGGAAGGACGUGUCAGAGGUAAUCUGAUGGGGAAGCGUGUAGAUUUCUCCGCCCGAACUGUCAUCACGCCAGACCCCAACCUGCAGAUCGACCAGGUGGGCGUUCCCCGUUCCAUCGCCGCAAACAUGACCUUCCCUGAGAUUGUCACACCCUUUAACAUUGACAGACUCCAAGAGCUUGUGAGGAGAGGUAACAGUCAGUACCCUGGAGCCAAAUAUAUCAUCCGAGACAACGGGGACAGAAUUGACCUGCGAUUCCACCCUAAACCAAGUGACCUUCACCUUCAGAUUGGAUACAAAGUUGAACGACACAUGUGUGAUGGAGACAUCAUUGUGUUCAACAGACAGCCUACGCUGCACAAAAUGUCUAUGAUGGGCCACAGAGUGCGAAUCUUGCCUUGGUCAACAUUUCGACUCAACCUCAGUGUGACAACCCCAUACAAUGCCGACUUUGAUGGCGAUGAGAUGAACUUGCACUUGCCACAGUCCCUGGAGACCCGUGCUGAGAUCCAAGAGCUGGCCAUGGUGCCUCGUAUGAUUGUUACACCACAGUCCAACAGACCCGUCAUGGGUAUUGUGCAGGACACACUGACAGCUGUGCGCAAGUUCACCAAGAGAGAUGUCUUCUUGGAGAGGGGUGAGGUGAUGAACCUCCUCAUGUUUCUCUCCACAUGGGACGGCAAAGUGCCCCAACCGGCUAUCUUGAAGCCGCGACCUCUCUGGACUGGCAAACAGAUCUUCAGCUUGAUCAUCCCUGGGCACAUUAAUGCCAUCCGCACACACAGCACUCACCCUGAUGAAGAGGACAGUGGCCCUUACAAACACAUCUCCCCUGGGGACACUAAGGUGAUUGUGGAGAACGGUGAGCUGAUCAUGGGGAUCCUGUGUAAGAAGUCAUUGGGAACCUCAGCUGGCUCUCUUGUCCAUAUCUCAUACCUUGAGAUGGGCCAUGACAUCACACGACUCUUCUAUUCUAACAUCCAGACUGUCGUCAACAACUGGCUGCUCAUUGAGGGUCACUCUAUUGGUAUUGGAGACUCCAUUGCCGAUAAGGCAACAUAUCAGGACAUUCAGAACACGAUUAAGAAAGCCAAACAGGAUGUGAUAGAGGUCAUUGAGAAAGCCCACAACAAUGAGUUGGAGCCCACCCCAGGUAACACUCUGAGACAGACCUUUGAGAACCAGGUCAACCGCAUUCUGAACGAUGCUCGAGACAAGACUGGAUCAUCUGCCCAGAAGUCAUUGUCUGAGUACAACAAUUUCAAAUCCAUGGUGGUGGCUGGUUCAAAAGGCUCUAAAAUUAACAUUUCUCAGGUUAUUGCUGUGGUGGGGCAGCAGAACGUUGAGGGUAAGCGAAUCCCCUUCGGUUUCAAGCACCGCACUCUCCCUCACUUCAUUAAAGAUGACUAUGGUCCAGAGAGUAGAGGCUUCGUAGAAAACUCCUAUCUGGCCGGUCUCACACCAACUGAGUUUUUCUUUCACGCCAUGGGAGGCAGAGAGGGUCUGAUCGACACAGCUGUCAAAACUGCUGAGACCGGUUAUAUUCAGCGUCGUCUGAUCAAGUCUAUGGAGUCUGUUAUGGUAAAGUAUGAUGCUACAGUCAGAAACUCCAUUAACCAAGUUGUCCAGCUGAGGUAUGGAGAGGAUGGUCUGGCAGGAGAGGCUGUGGAGUUCCAAAACAUGGCUACCCUUAAGCCAUCCCACAAAGCCUUUGAGAAAAAGUUCAAGUUUGACUACACCAAUGACCGAGCUCUCCGCCGCACUCUACAGGAAGAUGUGGUGAAAGAUCUGAUGACCAAUGCCCAUGUCCAGAGUGCUCUAGAGAGAGAGUUUGAGAAGAUGAAGGAAGACCGAGAGAUCUUGAGGGCCAUUUUCCCCACAGGCGACAGCAAGGUGGUACUACCGUGCAAUUUGGCCAGAAUGAUCUGGAAUGCUCAGAAGAUUUUCCGCAUCAAUCCUCGAACACCAACUGACCUCAAUCCAGUACGAGUAGUGGAAGGAGUUCAUGAGUUGAGUAAGAAGCUGGUGAUUGUAAAUGGUGAAGACCAGCUAAGCAGGCAAGCCCAGGAGAAUGCCACUCUGCUGUUCAACAUCCACCUGCGCUCCACCCUGUGCUCCAAGCGAAUGACUGAGGAGUUCCGUCUUAGCACAGAGGCUUUUGAAUGGCUGCUAGGAGAGAUAGAGACCAAAUUUAACCAGUCCAUUGCUCACCCUGGUGAGAUGGUAGGUGCUCUUGCUGCCCAGUCUCUGGGAGAGCCUGCUACUCAGAUGACCCUGAACACAUUCCACUACGCCGGUGUGUCCGCCAAAAACGUCACUCUCGGUGUGCCUCGACUCAAAGAGCUUAUCAACAUCUCCAAGCGACCCAAGACCCCCUCCUUGACCGUCUUUCUCCUGGGCCAAGCGGCCCGUGAUGCAGAGAGGGCCAAAGAUAUCCUGUGUCGGUUGGAGCACACAACCCUGCGCAAGGUCACUGCCAACACAGCCAUUUAUUAUGACCCUAACCCACAGAACACUGUGGUGACUGAGGAUCAGGAGUGGGUCAACGUGUACUAUGAGAUGCCUGACUUCGACGUGACCCGCAUUUCACCCUGGCUGCUGCGUAUCGAGCUUGACCGCAAACACAUGACUGACCGUAAGCUGACUAUGGAGCAGAUCGCAGAGAAGAUCAAUGCAGGAUUUGGUGAUGAUCUUAAUUGCAUCUUCAAUGAUGACAAUGCUGAGAAACUGGUUUUGCGAAUCCGCAUCAUGAAUAGUGACGAGAACAAGUUUCAAGAGGAUGAGGAGGUAGUGGAUAAGAUGGAUGAUGAUGUCUUCCUUCGCUGCAUUGAAUCCAACAUGCUGACAGACAUGACACUGCAAGGCAUUGAGCAGAUCAGCAAGGUGUACAUGCAUCUACCACAGACUGACAACAAGAAGAAAAUCAUCAUCACAGAAGAGGGAGAGUUUAAAGCUUUGCAAGAGUGGAUCCUGGAAACUGAUGGAGUCAGCCUCAUGAGGGUCCUCAGUGAGAAGGAUGUGGACCCUGUCAGAACCACCUCCAAUGACAUUGUGGAGAUUUUCACUGUUCUUGGUAUUGAGGCUGUGCGUAAGGCUCUGGAAAGAGAGUUAUACCACGUCAUCUCUUUCGACGGUUCUUACGUUAACUACCGCCAUCUUGCCUUGCUGUGUGACACGAUGACCUGCAGGGGUCACUUGAUGGCCAUCACUCGUCACGGUAUCAACAGGCAGGACACUGGACCGCUAAUGAAGUGCUCUUUUGAAGAGACGGUGGAUGUGUUGAUGGAAGCCUCAUCUCAUGGUGAAUGUGACCCAAUGAAAGGAGUGUCUGAGAAUAUCAUGCUGGGGCAGCUGGCUCCUGCAGGCACUGGUUGCUUUGAUCUGCUGUUGGAUGCUGAAAAGUGCAAGUAUGGUAUGGAGAUUCCCACCAACAUCCCUGGUAUCAGUGUUGCAGGACCCACGGGUAUGUUCUUUGGCUCUGCCCCCAGCCCCAUGAGUGGCAUGUCUCCUGCCAUGACUCCCUGGAACACUGGAGCGACUCCUGCAUAUGGUGCUUGGUCUCCCAGUGUUGGAAGCGGAAUGACACCAGGUGCUGCAGGCUUCUCUCCCAGCGCUGCGUCUGAUGCCAGCGGCUUCUCACCUGGUUAUUCUCCUGCCUGGUCUCCUACUCCUGGUUCUCCUGGAUCCCCUGGACCAGCUAGCCCUUAUAUCCCCUCACCAGGAGCCUUGUCUCCAAAUUACUCUCCAACUUCUCCUGCCUACGAGCCUCGUUCUCCUGGUGGAUACACCCCACAGAGCCCUGGUUACUCUCCAACCUCUCCAUCAUACUCUCCGACUUCGCCAUCUUAUUCUCCCACCAGUCCAAACUACAGCCCCACAUCUCCGUCCUACUCUCCCACAUCACCCUCCUACUCUCCAACUUCGCCGUCUUAUUCUCCAACAUCUCCAAGCUACUCUCCGACUUCACCUUCUUACUCUCCGACUUCACCGUCUUACUCCCCGACUUCACCAUCCUACUCGCCAACAUCCCCCAGCUAUAGCCCAACGUCCCCCAGUUAUAGCCCAACCUCACCGAGUUACAGCCCCACGUCUCCGUCUUAUUCCCCAACUUCUCCAUCUUAUUCCCCGACCUCCCCGUCUUACUCUCCCACCUCUCCAAGCUACUCUCCAACCUCCCCAUCCUAUUCCUCAACAUCUCCGAGCUACAGUCCCACUUCGCCCAACUACACACCCACCUCGCCAAGUUACUCUCCGACCUCUCCAUCCUACAGCCCCACCUCACCUUCCUACUCUCCCACCUCUCCCAAUUACACCCCAACCAGUCCGAAUUAUUCCCCCACAUCUCCUUCUUACUCCCCAACUUCGCCGUCCUACUCUCCAUCCAGUCCACGUUACACCCCACAGUCUCCCACCUACACCCCAAGCUCGCCCUCUUACAGCCCAAGCUCUCCAUCCUACUCCCCCACCUCUCCAAAAUACACUCCCACCUCCCCCUCCUACAGUCCCAGCUCUCCCGAAUAUACCCCAACAUCCCCCAAAUAUUCCCCCACUUCUCCAAAGUACUCUCCCACUUCGCCCAAAUACAGUCCCACUUCUCCAACCUACUCCCCAACUACUCCCAAGUACAGCCCCACUUCCCCUACUUAUUCUCCAACCUCUCCUACCUACACCCCAACCAGCCCCAAAUAUUCCCCCACCUCUCCGACAUACUCUCCAACGUCUCCAAAAUACUCACCCACAUCCCCUACCUACUCUCCAACUAGUCCGAAGGGCUCCACCUACAGCCCCACUUCUCCCGGCUACAGCCCCACCUCUCCAACCUACAGCCCAGCCAUCAGCCCUGAUGACAGCGAUGAAGAAAAUAAUUAAAGAUGGUUGGUGCCGGGGUUUGUCCUACUUCCCUUAUGGGCACUCUGACCCUGGGAUAAAGACUGAAGGAAAGCCACCCAGCUGG